UACACAUCUCCAGGACUUGGAAUCCUGAUUCUUCACUAUCAAGUGUUUCAAACCGUAUAGAGUGGACCGAAAUUCAGGCCCAAUUCUCGUUUUGUUGGGCCUUAACGAUUUUCGGCUCUUUAACGAGUCAGCUUCGAUAGGUAAACAUACACUACUAAUGGUCUGUUUUUCCGUUUGAAGCAAUAAGCACAGAAACAGAGAGACACUCUGUUUUUGUAAAUUUUUGCAACAAAAAGACUAAAACCUCUUCACCAAAACAAUGAGCUCUGCGGUCAUAAAUGUCCCAAGAGCUUGUUUCACUUUAUCUUUUCAGAGCUAGGGUUUUCAGGUUGCGGCUACAAGCAAAAAAAAAAAGACGGUGACGAAACAAUGAAGCCAGUUACUCCUCCUGUGGAUGAUUCUCUGCCAAAGUUCUUCAGAGUGUACAUGCCUGGUAUAUCUGGAGAUGAUAUGGAGUUACCUGUUUCUUUCAACAGCUUCUUACCAACGCCUCUGCCUAAAUACGUAACGCUUAAAAGUAUUUACGGAAAGAUUUGGAAGAUGGCCUUGAGGAGAUGUGUUGGUGACGUUGAGAGAAGAUACGUUCUGCUUAACGGGUGGAAGAGGAUAGCAAAGGACGAGUCUCUGACAAGUGGAAACGUGCUGGAGUUUGAGUUCGACGGCUCACAGUGUUUCAAGUUCUGUAUCUACGAGUCUCCCACCAUGUGUAAAAGACUCGCAAGAACUUCAGUGCAAAGCGAAGAAGAAACAGAAGAGGCUGAGGCUGAUGAUGUGUUAGUUCUUAGUGAUGAUGAUGAUGAUGAUGAUUCUCAAGAUGCUGAUUACAAUUGUGCUGAUGAUGAUAAUGAUGAUGUUAUUCUCGAUGAUGAUGAUGUUUCUGCUGCUGAUGAUGAUGAAGAUGUUGUAACGCUUGAUGGUUCUGAUGAUGAUGAUGAUACUGAGGCAAACCAUGAUGAUGAAAGACGAUAUCUGGAUGAUCGCAGCAACGCCUUCUUUCCAGUUACAAUAAACCCGAAGAAGAUAAGCCAACUGCGCAUACCGACUAAGGUUAUCAAAGACUUCGGCUUAAACUUCUCUGAGAGUAUAACUCUCGUCGAUCCACUCGUGAAGAAGUUCGGGAAGCUGCCGACGAAGAUCAAGAUUCAGACGAAUAACAGUGUGUUUAUCAAAGGGUAUGGAGCUGUAAUAAGAAGGAACGGCCUGACGUCGGCGGACAAAAUGAUAUGCGAGAUAAAAAAGGCCGGUAGUAACAACAUGGUUCACACCAUCAAGUUUCACAUCAUCAAGUAGUCUGCUCAUCUUAUAUGAGUCUUGUGCCUAGUAGUUGAAUGUUUAUGGCUUAUCUUGUUAAGAUGCCAAGGUUAAAUCAAAACUAUGUUUGUGUUGUGUCUUGUUUAGCUACUUUUAGUGGUAUCUAUCUUAUUAAUUCAAGACUUGCUGUUGUGUUGAGUUCGUUUAUGUUGUGGUGUGUGUUGUUUUAGCUACUUCUAGUUUCUGAAUCUUUAAUCAUAUCUG